AGAUAGUCCCAAUAUAGUAGCAGUGUAGCCAGGCAGGGAACAAAAACAACUUAGCCAUCAACAACCUUCUCGAUCUGUAAGCAGUUGCUCAAGGACACCUAGAGUACAAGAUCAGCUACUUAUCAGAGAAAGAUGCCUCCUCUAGUGAUCUUCCUAAUGGUCCUGGUCACUCUUACCAGAAGCCCUUAUUCUGCUUCACUCAGCCCCAUUGGUUCUGGCACAGGUGGAGAAGAAGAGUGUGUCAUUGAGCCCAAUGAAUGCAGGCCACCACAGCAAAGGCUGCUAAGGAACAUCACUGAACUAGAACUUUCGUUAAAUGAGAACCUACCACCACCAGCACAGCCUCCAGUAAUCACUGAUGCUUUUGAUCCAUUCAUUUACAUGAUUGAACUAAAUGAGCUGAUUCCUCCUUCGCUCGGAGUCAGUAGCUACAUCCUAAGAAUAUCUUCUAUAAAUCUCACUUUGUUUGAGCGCCUACAGCAUCAAGUGAACUUGAAACACAAUCUCUCCUUUGUCGAUUUUGCCUGUUCAAAGGUCAAUCUCUCCAUUGCUUGGGUAGUCAACGAAACACACUCAGAGUUCUCCCCUUCAGUCACUCUAUGUCUUGACUCAGGAGUUCCUGGUCCAGUGACUAGUUUGACACACACAAUUGAAGGAAGAGAAAACUGCAGUCAAAGGAAUGAGGCAAUCAUUACUUUUAAUUGGGCACCACCAGAAGAUAAUUAUCUGCUAUCGCAUUACAUGCUACUUUUGGUUCCAGCCGAGUCAGCAAUGAGUUCUUCAUGUCUAACUUAUAAUGAAUCAAUUUCAAGUGUAGGUCAAAAUCAUUCAGUCAUUCUGCAGUUUCCAUGUACAUACAGUGCAUCAUUGAUAUCAUAUCCUGGAGCCCAUUCUAAGCAAAUAGAUGUCACAACAAUACCGAAGCCAUCAAUAAAUAUCUCUUGUUCAAGUCUAUUUGAUCCAGAGUCAAUGCACUAUAAUGUCACUGCAGAGUUCACAGUGAGCCCUAACAACUGCUUGGUCUUGGGAUACAUUGCAACAUACGUACUUAAGAUCUAUGCAUACAGGGCAAACUUUGGAGGAACUCAAAGAUUAGGAGGACAGAUAGACCAGAAAAAUAUCGAAAUAGAUGGAGCCUUUCAAGAUUCACACGAAUAUACAUUGACUAAUUUUGAGCCACGUAGACCUGGCGAGGGAUACACCAUUGAAUUACAAACAAAGUUUCGGGGUAUUCCCUCAGAUAUAGCUGAUAAUGUCUGGUCUCGUAUACUCUCUAAACCAGACUGUCUAUCAGGUUUUGCUCCUCCCAUACCACCGGAACAGAUUAAAACAGUUGAUAUAACAAACUUUAGUUUCAGCAAUAAUAGGAUUGCCAGUUUCACAGUCAAAUGGGAUCAGCCUUUGAGACCUAAUGGAAACAUAACAGAGUAUCAGAUAAGAAUACUAAGCAGACAAAACACAGACCUAAUAUCUCCUAUAAAUAAUAUUCCUGACGACAUCCAAGAGUAUAAUAUCAGUUUUUUGCUUCUAAUGGUGUUCAAUGAGAUUUCUGUUCAAGUGAGAUCAACUAACAACUGGUGCCAGCAGUUAAGUGGAUGCUACAGUGAUUGGAGUGAUCCCGUUACAAGAGAAGUUGUGGCAGUAUCAUCAUCUUCAAUAACCCCAUCACCUCCUACUCCUAGUGUCACAAGAACACCAGUAGAUGAUGGCAAAUCCACACCAAUCCCUUUGCUCUGGCUACUAAUUGGAUCAGGGGUUCUGGCACUGAUCCUAGUUGCAGUCAUAGCUAUAAUAGUUGUAGUCUGCUGCCAGCAUGGAUGGUGCUGUAUCAAAAGGGACUAUCCAAUGGACCCACCCAUCCACAUAGCAGAGUCCGGCAUAAUCCCUCUACUUCAGAUCAAGCGCCAGGUAAUGGACGAGUGGGAGAUACCGAGAGAGAUACUAGAGGUCCGUAAAGACCAGACCCUUGGCUCCGGCUGCUUUGGUGAAGUAUUUAAAGGUUUCCUCCAAAAGAAUUAUGUGUUGACUAAGAGACGAUUGAGCCAUGAUCACGACCUUCACAGCAGAAGAGGAUCACUACCUCAGGAAACAUACCCAGUGGCUGUGAAGAAGCUGAAAAGUAUCGCUGACGGGAAGGAGAGGUCUGACUUCCUCAAAGAGAUUGAAGUCAUGAAGACUGUCUCUUCCACUGACAGCGACUUGAGACGAUUUGUCGUGAACAUGCUAGGCUGCUGCAGUCUGGAGGAACCAAUGCUUCUUGUAGUCGAGUUUGUGGAGAAUGGAGACUUGCUGAACUAUCUUAGACGAAUGAAAAGGAAAGCACAAGGGAAUAACUCUACAGCUCCACCAGCCCCAUACUUGGAGCCACUGGGUAGCUACUCCCUCUUAGAGCCAAAGAGUGAGCUGGACAAUGAAGGCUUUCUAACUGAGAGAAACCUACUCGAUUUCUCUAGACAAAUUGCAUCUGGAAUGGAGUACUUGUCCAGUCUUGGCAUAAUACACAGGGACCUUGCCUGUCGCAAUGUCCUUGUGGGAAAAGAAAAGAACCUCAAAAUAUCCGACUUUGGUCUCUCUCGAGUUGUCCUCAGUGAUAUGGUAUACACACUCACUAAUCACGGCCGGUUGCCAUUACGAUGGAUGGCACUGGAAUCAAUAUUCCAAAGAGAAUUCACAACAAGCUCUGAUGUAUGGUCGUACGGUGUUGCAUUGUGGGAAAUAUGCACUAUGGGAGCAUUUCCUUAUGCAACAAUGCAAGAGAAGGAGCUGCUCAAGCUCUUAAAGAAAGGCUACAGAUUACCAAAGCCACAGAAUUGUUCACAAGACAUGUUUGAAGUGAUGCACCAGUGCUGGCACCCCAACCCCCAAGGCCGCCCAACGUUCUCAAACCUCCACAAACUCUUUGACUACUUCCUCUCCCGUCACACUCAAGAGCUCUAUCCAUACAUUGACAUGGAAUGCAAUGUACCGUACACUUACGACCACCUCACACACAAGAGUAUCACAGACUACAAGAAAGACGAGACAGAAGAUGAAGAAGAAGAAAUACUAUACAUAGAGGAUGAAGAGGAGGUGAGGGAGAUGGAGGAAACCAAUGACUGCCAUAGUGCCAAGGACUUGAGUACUGCUGGCUCAAAUGAGAAGCUACUUGAUGAAAGCACACAAUCCAGUAACGUAAGCGAGACCCAAACUCAAGAAGAGUCGACGUACGAUAAACUACGCGUGGACCAUCCUUUCCUUGUCAGGAUGUCAGGACAGAAGAAUGGUAGCCAUGAUCCACAGACCAUGCUCCAUGACGAUUAUUUCGAGGACUACAUAGAGGAGAACAUCGAGGACUACUGCCUGCGAGCUUUUGAAGAGUACAAUCCAAUGUGGCUCAAGAAGCUAUCGACAAUAACCGAAGCAAGCUGUGAGGAUUAUGAUGAGAACAGCUAACCCCAUAGCUAUCCAUAGUGAACCUAUCAUAUAAUAUAUCAUUUAUACAGUUAUUAUACGAUCAUCAUUGUGAACUCUCUCUUUCUCUUCUCUCUCUCUUCCAUAUGUUACAUAUCUUAAUUCUAGUAGUACUUGAUCCAUAAAAAAACAUUUUUACCAAAUUAA